AUGUCCGCCGCAACAGACAAGGCUCGGUUCUUCCUCGAGAAGUCGGUACCAGAGCUCAAGGAAUACGAGCGCAAGGGGAUUUUCAACAAGGAUGAAAUUUCCUCAAUCGUGAAGAAACGGUCAGACUUUGAGCACAAGAUCAACGCUCGUGGCGCGCAACCCGUGGACUUUGUGCGCUAUGCUGAAUAUGAAAUGAACCUCGAUUCCCUGCGGAAGAAGCGAGUGAAGCGACUUGGAAUUCGGUCGGCAGGACACAGCGGCCAGCGACGCAUCUUUUUCGUUCUCGACCGGGCCACUCGCAAGUUCCAGGGCGAUUUGAACCUUUGGGUUCAAUAUAUUGAGUAUGCGCGGAAACAGAAGGCACACAAGAAAUUGACUAUGAUCUUCACCGACGCCCUGCGCCUACACCCAACCAGCGCCGAAUUAUGGGUCUACGCUGCCAAAAACGUUCUCGAUGACCACGCCGAUAUGACACAAGCUAGGGGUUACAUGCAGCGCGGCCUUCGCUUCUGCAAGAGUUCAAGAACGAUUUGGAUCCAAUAUGCCAAGCUGGAAUUGAUCUAUAUCGCCAAGCUGGUUGCUCGCCAACGCAUCUUGGGCUUGGACGAGAAUCAAAAGCCCCAGCAAGUGGAAGAGACAGGAUUCGACGACCCAAACGCCGAUAUGAUUGCCAUUCCCAAACUCACAGCCGAAGAUAUCGACCCGACCACGGAAGAGGAUGGAGAAGUCGACCAGGCUGCACUGCAAACCCUCAACGCUACACCUGCUCUGAGCGGUGCUAUUCCGCUCACCAUUUUCGAUACCGCCUCGAAGCACUUCAACUACGAUGACCGGUUCGGACAGGAAUUCUACGAUAUGGUGUGGGAGUUCCAGGACGUGCCUUGUCUCCAGAAAAUCUUGGGACAUGUGACCGAGACUAUGCGUGAGCACAAGCCUUCCAGCCCCCGGACGCAGAUCUGCUACAUCAAGUUCCCCACGGCUGGAGUUCCCGUCACAUCCCCCGAAUUUCCGCGGGCUCUUGGUGGCUCGCUUGCGCGUCUGAGAGAGUACCCCCUGGGCAAGGAACUUGCCCGCCAGGUUGUCGACUGGCUUCAACCCGUCGCAGCAACUGAGAAUUUGGAUCCUUCGCUGCAAAAGGUCAUUGCAGCCACCAUCCGCAAUGCAGAGCGUGCGUCGGAGUAA